GCUGCUAGUAAGUGACUGAUUCCUUUAUAGACUGCAUUGGUUCCUGAGUUCAGGGACUGAGUUGCAAUUGAGUGAAAUUAGACUACGGAAUCUUGAAGAAUUGUACCAGGUGAACUGAGAAAUCACUAAGUCAAACUGUAAUAGGACUGGUCAUUUGGGUUUCUAUCUCUGUCAUUGUUGCCUCUUGCUGUUACAUUGCUACUUGUGUUGUCCUUGUAGGUCCAAAUGUUCUCAGAUAAUUCACAUUGCCCUGACUGUGGACAGCAGUGGUUCCCUAGUUUAGAACUAGGCCACUGGUUGUACCAGACUGAGCUUGUUGAGAAUGAAUGUUACCAAGUAUUCUUAGACCGUAUUAACAGGGCUGACUACUGCCCUGAGUGCUACCCCGAUAACCCAGCUAACAGAAGCCUUGUGCUCCCGUGGUCUUUCCCUCUUGAGUGGGCUCCGCAGAAUCUGACCAGGUGGACCUUUGAAAAAGCUUGCCAUCCCUUUCUUCUGGGUCCUCCACUGGUUAGAAAAAGAAUCCAUGAUUCCAGAGUUGCCGGUUUUAACCCUGCGUUACAGUUAAUCUUGACCAGAACAGACAAAACUUUAAACAAGAAACUUGGUCAAAGCAAAUAGUAUCUUUUAACGGUCAAAAUCAUGGAGAGUCUAGAGUCUCAAGAAAUGUGGAAAAGUAACUCCUUUCUAAAUCUGAGCGAAACUGUCACUAAUUUGGGGGAACUACAUAAAUUGUUGGAUGUGUUUUCAUAGCCCACGCGUAUUUUGUUCAGCAAGAAUAUCGUGAGUAUUCCAACCAGACUGUUCACCUAGAACCAGACAAAUCCAUUUCCCCUCUUAAAUGAUGUUUUGGAACUAGUUUAUUCCACCUGGAAAGUUCCGCAAUGUAAUUAUUGAUGUAUGACAAGAUAGCCCUAGAGGAGGCCGUGCACCGGGUGCUCAGGUCCCUCUGGUAACGUGUGUGGGGAAGCGCCCUCUUAGAAACUGGAUCCUGCAUUGUUGCAGUAAGUCUGUCGAGAACUGCAUUGUUUCAAAUUCCACCUCUUGCAUCUUGAUCAUUGGCUUUAUGUCUACAAUUUAUUCAUGUGUUACUAUUUAUUUGUCACUGGCUCUCUUUGGCCCAACCUGAUUGUGGCUGUGACCAUGUCAAGAAUUGGUCAUUUUCAGAGGAACUGCUUUGAUUUGGGCAGCAUCCCUGUAAUUUCUUAAAACCAUAUAGAAAUGCCACCUGUCUACAUUUAACUUGGCUCCUUGUAAACAUUACCUUGUCUUUGGGGUUGCGUAACUUGCAGUGUCCUCCUCCCGAGACAGAAGAGCGCUCUCCCUACUCAGCUGUAUGGGAGUGUCAACCCUGCGGGAAUCUUUGAAGAAAGAAAAUCUUGCUGGACAUGGAUGACACUAUUUUACUUAUUCAUGAACAUCACGAAACUAGAGUUUCUGAAAAUAUCUCACAGGCCAUUGGACAAUUGAAAAACUGCUUAUAAGAUACUAAGUAAUAUAGUGCUAAUGUAGUAAUUUUAUAAUAUUACUAAGAACCCCGGUUCUUUCUCUCCUUCCCCGGGGAAAUUAUCUUUAUGUUUGCUUUUUGUCCUCAUUGGCUACAAUAUGGCUUGUUGCCGCACCAGGCAUUUCAGUUGCAACAGAAGGCUUAAACGAAGGAGAGCAGAGCUUCUCCUUUCAAGUGUGUUGUUAACCUGCAGUAGAGGCUUUCCCAACAGUCUCUGGCACGUUUCUUUUUAGAUCUCGUUAAAAGGCACUGAGCACUAAGGGAGCCUGGGAAAGCUGGCAGAGGGCUGCGGGGGUCCACCUUACCUGGGUAGGGCGCUUGGCCUCAGCUGGGAAGCAGAGUUCUUGUAGAAGGGAUGUAGUGGGGGAUGAAUGGCUGUUGGUAUGCAACAGGUCAUACUUGCAACAUGUUGUAACACUGAAAGUUACUUGUUGAUCUGUAUGAAAAAAAUGUACCCCAGAGCCCCUGCCUGUAUCUGCCUUAUAUCUAUGAUCCUGAAGGUUCUGUCCUGUUCCAUUGCUGAAUAAACUGUGUGGACUGCUAAACUGA